CUAUUCCCCCCCACUUUCUCCCUCGACAAAGAUGGCAGACGAUGCAACCCGCCGGGUAGUGGCUGAGCUGCCGCUCUUGAAAACUAACGCAGGGCCGCGAGACCGGGAGCUGUGGAUUCAGCGGCUGAAGGAGGAAUACCAGGCGCUUAUUAAGUAUGUGGAAAACAACAAGAAUGCCGAUAACGAUUGGUUCCGGCUAGAAUCCAACAAGGAAGGCACCAGGUGGUUUGGGAAGUGCUGGUACAUCCAUAACCUCCUGAAGUAUGAGUUUGCUGUUGAGUUUGAUAUCCCAGUCACGUACCCAUCCACCGCGCCGGAAAUCGCCAUUCCAGAACUGGAUGGGAAAACAGCCAAAAUGUACAGGGGCGGUAAAAUUUGUCUAACCGACCAUUUCAAGCCCCUCUGGGCCAGGAACGUUCCCAAAUUCGGGCUGGCACAUCUCAUGGCCUUGGGGCUGGGUCCCUGGUUGGCUGUGGAGAUCCCGGACCUGAUCUCGAAAGGCCUGAUCGAGCACAAGGAAAAAUGAGGUGUCUGCAGCCUGUACGUGGAGGUUAGGCCUCAAGCUCUCUCCCUAGGCCUUGCCUGCUGAUGCCGGCAGCCCCCCAGGCCUCUGCCAGUGACUUGCCUUGUGCUUCUGUGUGUAACUCCAGGACCACCAGCUCCCAGUCUGUCCGUGAAAGUGACUUGCCAAUAAAAGCAACAACAAUACCCCUCCCCAAA